AUGGAGACCCAUUUUGAGCCCGGAACCCGCUGCUGGAUCCCAGACGACAAGGUGGGAUGGCUGGGCGUGGAAGUCACGGCCGUCAACAAGAAGGACGGCAAGUUUGCGAUCGAUCUCGUGAGUGAAGACGGCGCAAAAAAAGUCACCAUCGAGACAGAUAAUCUGAAUGAAAACAAUACACAACUCCCACUGCUGAGAAACCAGGUAGAGACCGUGGAGGACCUGACCGAGCUGUCACAUCUGAACGAGCCAUCUGUUCUUAAUGCCAUCAAGCUCAGAUAUGCCCAGUUCAGCAUCUAUACAUACUCUGGUAUCGUGCUGAUCGCGAUCAACCCUUUCCAGCGCAACGACGAACUGUAUUCGCCUCACAGAAUUCAGCGAUACGCGUCCAAAACGAGGGGCGAAGAGGAACCCCAUCUGUUUGCCAUCGCAGAGGACGCGUAUCGUUGCAUGAAAACGGAUGGUCAGAACCAGUCGAUCGUUGUCUCUGGAGAAUCGGGGGCGGGAAAAACCGUGUCUGCCAAAUACAUCAUGCGGUAUUUUGCGUCUGUCGACUCUGACCACAACAACCACGACAUGUCGGACACAGAAAAACAGAUCCUGGCCACGAAUCCUAUCAUGGAGGCCUUUGGUAAUGCCAAGACUACAAGAAACGACAACUCGUCCAGAUUUGGCAAGUAUCUCGAGAUCCUAUUUGACCAGAACGUUGUCAUCAUCGGCGCCAGCAUCAGAACUUACCUGCUAGAGCGCUCGCGUCUGGUUUUCCAGCCGGCUACCGAGAGAAACUACCAUAUCUUCUACCAGAUGGUGGAAGGUCUGGACGAGGCUUCCAAGAAAGAAUUUGGACUUUCAUCCGUGGAAGACUUUUUCUACUUGAACCAGGGCAAAAUGCCACGUAUUGCCGGUGUAGAUGAUGCCAAAGAGUUCAAAGAGACUUGUGAUUCGCUUGCCUUGGUCGGUAUCACUCAGGAGAGAAUGCACGAGGUUUUCAAGAUUUUGUCUGCUCUGCUGCACAUCGGAAACAUUGAGAUCACAAAGACGAGAAAUGACGCAAUUUUAUCGCCAGACGAGCCGAACCUCGUCAAGGCCUGCGAGUUGCUUGGAAUCGAUGCUGCUGGGUUUGCGAAAUGGAUUGUCAGGAAACAGAUUACCACCAGAUCAGAGAAAAUUGUGUCUAACUUGAAUCACCAGCAGGCCACGGUGGCAAGAGACUCGGUCGCUAAAUAUAUUUACUCGUCUCUUUUCGACUGGCUUGUCGACUACAUCAAUUCUGAUCUUUGUCCGCCAGAACUGAAGAGCAAAGUGAAAUCAUUCAUUGGUGUUCUGGAUAUUUAUGGUUUCGAGCACUUCGAUAAGAACUCUUUUGAGCAGUUCUGUAUCAACUAUGCCAACGAAAAACUGCAACAGGAGUUCACUCAACACGUUUUCAAGCUCGAACAAGAAGAGUACGUCAAGGAGGAGAUUGAGUGGUCAUUCAUCGAGUUUUCCGAUAACCAGCCGUGUAUUGAUGUGAUCGAAAACAGACUUGGUAUAUUGUCGUUGCUGGACGAAGAAUCGAGACUGCCUUCUGGAAGCGACCAGUCAUGGAUUGAGAAAAUGUAUCAGUCUCUCACCAAAUCUCCUUAUGACCAAUCUUUCAAGAAGCCCAGGUUCGGAAAUAACAAGUUCAUCGUUAGUCACUAUGCUCUGGACGUCACCUAUGAUUCAGAAGGAUUUAUUGAGAAAAAUAGGGAUACUGUUUCUGAAGGGCAGCUGGAAGUUUUGAAAGCCACAAAGAACGGUUUGUUGGCCGAGGUUUUGGCAACAGUCGACAAACAAGCCGAAAAACUUGCUGCCGAGCAAGCUGCUGCUGCUGCUGCUGCUAAGCCUGGCAAGAAAGCUGUCAAAAAGCCAACGCUCGGUUCUAUUUUCAAGUCGUCUUUGAUUGAGCUUAUGAACACAAUCAACUCGACUAAUGUUCACUACAUCAGAUGUAUCAAGCCAAAUGAGGAGAAGAAGGCGUGGGAAUUUGACCCAUUGAUGGUUCUGUCUCAAUUACGUGCCUGUGGUGUUUUGGAGACCAUCAAGAUCUCGUGCGCAGGAUUCCCAUCCAAGGCAACCUAUCCGGAUUUUGCCAGAUACUAUUCAAUUCUUUUGCCGUCCAGUGAGAAGGAGAACUAUUUGCGUGGCUCUGGCUCUGAAGAGGAAGCCAUCGAGCUUACCAAAAAGAUCCUGAAAAAUACCAUUGAUGAUGAGCGCAAAUACCAGACAGGAAAGACCAAGAUAUUUUUCAAAGCAGGUAUUCUUGCUUUAUUGGAGAAGUACAGAUCAAACAAGAUCAAGCAGUCUGCCGUGACAAUCCAGAAGCAUUUGAAGGGCCACCACCAGCGCAAGGAAUAUUCCCAAGUGCGUAGAUCGCUACUGCGGACACAAUCUCUUGCUAGAGGAUUUUUGGCCCGACAACGAAUCAGAAAGGAGAUGGAGAAUGAUGCUUCUAUCAAGAUCCAAUCUCUUAUUAGAGGUUAUUUUGUGCGGUCCAGAUACAAUUCUUCUAGAGCGUCGCUUGUGUCGUUACAGGCUAUUUUGAGAGGCCAUCUCUAUAGAAGCAAAUUGAGAGAGUCGCUACAAAAAGAUGCGGCUACCUUGAUCCAAUCUGCCCUCAGAGGAAGAGCGGCCAGAAAUCACUACAAGAAAACACUGUGGGCUGUGGUCUUUGCUCAAAGCUGUUUCCGUCGCCAAGUUGCUCGUAAGGAGUAUUUGCACCUAAGAGCUGAGGCAAAGUCCGUUAACAAGCUGCAAGAAGUGCAAUACAGUCUUGAAAACAAGGUCAUAGAGCUGACGCAGUCGUUGACCUCCAAGAUCGACGAUAACUCGAAAUUAAUGAGCGAGAUCGAGAUUCUCAGGUCGCAGGUUUCCGAUUCCCAGAAACAGCACGCCGAGUUCAAGUCGAGAGAGCUAGAAUUCAACCAAAAGUACGAUUCUACAGUUUCGAAACACACAGAAAGCUUGAGUGCCUUGAAUGCAGAGUUGGAGAAAUACAAGCAGGAUUACGAAGCGGCACGCCAGAAAGUCGACGAGCUUACGCAGCAGCAGGCACAGUUGAAGAAAGAGCUCGAAGAGAACGUUGAACAACUCAAGGCCGCUCAGAAAGCGCUUGACGAGUCACAGAAAGAGAACGGCGAUCUGAAUAGUUCAAUCUUGCAACUAAAACAAGAACUAUUGGAGUUGCAGAACCAGAUUUCCGUCGGUGCUCCUGCCCUUGGUAAGUCACGUGCCAGAGGCACUCCAGGCUCUCCAGGCUUAAACCACAAGAGUAACGGCAACUACGAACCUCGUCCAGCGUCGAUCGUGACCACGACCUCGAAUAAAGACGAUAUGGAUCUUGAAGCCAUCAACAGCGAGCUGUGGUCUUUGCUGCGCAAUUCGCAGGCUUUGCACAAAGAAACAGUCGAUGGUUUGCUGAAGGGUGUUAGACUGCCGUCUGCUGCCGUGGCCUCUGAGCUCACCCGCAAAGAGGUUCUUUUCCCAGCACGGAUCAUCAUCAUUAUUCUGAGCGAUAUGUGGCGGCUUGGUCUCACUUCUGAGAGUGAGGCGUUCCUGGGCGAAGUCCUGGGCGUGAUACAGAGCAUUGUGAGCGGAUUGAAGGACGACGACGUGAUCAAGCAUGGUGCCUUCUGGCUGACCAACACCCACGAGCUGUAUUCGUUUGUUGCCUAUGCGCAGUCCACCAUUCUGGCUAACGACUCCAUCAGCAAAGACAUGAGCGACUCGGAGUACGACGAGUACUUGAAACUGGUUGCAGUUGUGAGAGAAGAUUUCGAAUCGUUGUCGUACAACAUCUACAACAUGUGGAUGAAGAAGUUGCAGAAGGACCUUGAGAAGAAGUGCAUUUCUGCUGUGGUUCUGGCACAGGCUCUGCCUGGGUUCCUUGCUCCGGAGUCGUCGCCGUUUUUGAGCAAGAUGUUCCAGAACAAUCAGCAGUACAAGAUGGAUGACAUUUUGACGUUCUUCAACAACGUGUACUGGGCGAUGAAGGCCUAUUUCAUAGAGCCUCGCGUGAUGAACGAGGUUCUGAUCGAGCUGUUGAAGUUUGUGGACGCUGUCUGUUUCAACGACCUGAUAAUGAGACGGAACUUUCUGUCAUGGAAGCGUGGUCUCCAGCUGAACUACAACGUGACGCGUCUGGAGGAGUGGUGCAACGGCCACCAGAUUCCGGACGGGUCGACGUAUCUGUCGCACCUGCUGCAGGUUUCCAAACUCCUACAACUGCGGAAGAACUCGCCGGAGGACAUCGACAUAAUAUUCGAAAUCUGCCACUCGCUGAAGCCCGUGCAGGUGCAGAAGCUGAUAGCGCAGUAUGCUGUGGCCGACUACGAGGUUCCGAUUGGCCCUGCUGUGACGACGUACCUGGCCGAGAAGGUGAAGAGCGACACGUCCGAGGGCGCGACCGAUUUCUUCGAGCCGUUGAACCCGGAGGGCCGCUUCAACGACCCAUUCAGAGACGUGGAGCUGCGUCCGUUCCACCGGGUCGAAGCGUACGUUCCUGCGUGGCUGAACAUCCCUGUGAUCAAGCGGAUCAUCGAGCUGGUGACGCGGAACGCCACUGCGCAGGAGGCUGCCACGGAGUAG